AUGGGCUGGACGGUGUGCAAUACUACAGAAGAACAUCGGACGAUCGUGGAGGAAGAUCUUUGGGAUGGCGGAAUUACCUUUCAUCACCUCAGUCUGAUCGUGGGUGGAGCGUGUGCCCUGAUCGCAUGCAUCGUUUCCAUCUUCCUAAUCAUGAGCCACGCCACCCAUUACAGCAAACCUAUUGAACAAAGACACAUCAUUCGCAUCCUGUUCAUGGUUCCCGUCUACUCCAUCGUCGCAUGGCUCAGCAUCCUCUUUUACAACGACUCGGUAUAUUUCGAAGUGAUCGGCAACUGCUACGAAGCAUUCUGUAUCGCGGCCUUCUUUUCACUCAUGUGCCAUUACAUUGCACCCGAUUUACACAGUCAAAAGGAGUACUUUCGGGGAAUUCAGCCCAAGGACUGGCUCUGGCCGCUGAACUGGUUCCAAAACUGGAAGUUCUGUUGCGGCCACCGCGGAGCUUGGCGCACUCCGCGCAGCGGUCUGACAUGGUUUAAUGUCAUUUGGGCGGGUGUCUUUCAAUACUGCUUGAUCCGUGUGUUGAUGACCGUGCUUGCGGUGGUCACGCAAGCCCUUGGUCGAUAUUGCGAGGAGUCCUUGAGUCCAGCAUUUGCGCAUGUUUGGACGAUCGUCAUCGAGGCAAUCAGCGUCACCGUCGCCAUGUACUGUCUCAUUCAAUUCUACGUUCAACUCAAAGAGGAUAUCUCGGAACACAGCCCGUUUUUGAAGAUCCUGUCCAUCAAACUGGUCAUUUUCCUGUCAUUCUGGCAAUCCAUCAUGAUCAGUUUGCUCGUCUCUCUGGGCGCGAUUGGCGCAACGAAGAAAAUUGCCAUGGUUGAUCUCAAGUAUGGUCUCCCAGAGCUGCUGAUCCUGAUUGAGAUGUCCAUUUUCUCCAUCCUCCAUCUUUGGGCCUUUUCGUGGAAACGUUAUGUCAUCACGCCUGGAGGGCCCGAGGUGACCGACUUUUACGGCAAUGGCAAGGCAACCUACCAGGGUGGGAGAAUGGGCUUCGGUGGUCUUGCCGAUGCAAUGAACCCGCUCGAUCUGCUCAAAGCCGUUGGACGCAGCUUUCGUUGGCUGGCCGUCGGUCGCAAGAAUCGUCUCCAGGAUCCCAGCUACAAGUCUCACACCGACACAAUUGGGCUGCAACCGUCUGGGUCGACACUCGGGAACCAAAGCACGGCUUACGGGGGUGCAGGCGCCGCCGUGCCGGGCAGUCGGACGAACCGUUAUCCCUCGGACGACGAGGGCGAGAUCUUACUGGCAAAUGCGCAGUCGAAUCCCUCAACCUCACAUCUGGAGCCCUCGCCGUGGGAGGAUGAUAGUGACGACUACUCGCAGGGACAAUCGGGUCGCUUCUCAGGCCGUGAGGGUGCUUCGCCAUAUGAGAACUUGGAGCAUCAGAGUCCGGUCUACCGUCCCUACCAGCCAGCCGCCCGACCGUAUCCGAACGACGGUCAUCUGACAGAACAAGUGCCAAUGCCUAUACCGGAUACGCAUCCCCCGCCGCCUUAUCCCGCGAGAGAUCAUCAUCCGUGA